CCAUCCUCAUCUGCCACUACAGUGGAAAUGGAUGGUUCAGAAACUGUUUUGGACUCCUCUAUGAUUUCAACUGAAAAUGGGGAAAACUAGUAGGUUCCCUAAACCACAGAUGGAGAUUAGAUUUAGCCCAGUAAAGCCAAACAAAAUGGAAGUUAAACAUCACGGUGACAACUUGCCAAUAACUGUGAGAAUUACUAGAACAUCAAGAAAGAGAAAGAGUGGUGAAAUGGAGCAGGAUAUUGUAAAAAAUGAAAACUGGAAAAAUACAAGAACAAAUAAAAUGACACCAUUCACCACGGCAAGCCCUGCUGUCAAUAGCAGUGAAUUAAAGAAACAAACAUUGACAAAGCAGCCGUCUACUUCCAGCACUGCCUCUAGUCGAAAGAAAGAUGGGACCCUGCAAAGGCUUGGGGAAUUCUUACAGAGCUCUCCUUCGAUUUUCCAGCAUAAAGCCAAAAAAUUGCUGGGAACAAUUGCGGCCCCGAAGACGACAGAUAUGAUCUCUGGAAAUAAAGAGGAGAGUAAACCUAAGAAGACCAGGAGAAAGUUGUACACUGCUGAAAUCUCAGCUCCACUAGACAUCCCUGCUUCUGCAAUCAUUAUGGACACUAAGGAAAAGGAAAGUGACCACCUUAUAAUGAAGAGAAGGCUUAGAACCAGAACAGCUAAAUAA